UGCAUAUGGGCUUUAGUUCAAUCGAAACUAUAAACUAGCGACGGGUUGAGAGGUCGAAGCGAGAAACCGGUUGAAUGACAGCACGGUUGUACGUUUGGCUGUGAUUAAGUGCCUCCAAUGGCUGGCUGGCUGCUGAAAGUGUCGUCUGUUGCAACGGCAGUGGUGGCGUCGUCAGGCUUCUACCUCUACAACAACAAACAACUGGACCCCAAUGACAUCAGCCUGGUCCGCUUCGGGCGGGCCGCAGCUACGGCAGAGCAGGCAACAGAUGGCACACAGACAGCAGAGUUGGGGACAGAUAUGCAGAGACAGGGAGUCUCAGACUGCCGUGAUCAGCUAUGACUACAUGACAUCUCUGAAACAUGUGGAGUAUGGAUCAGAGGAAUACUGGGCGCUCAAAUCCCAGGUGCACCGUCGGUCAGCCGAGAGACUGCGUAACCUGUGCUGUGCCAACAGAGGCACCUUCAUCAAGGUGGGUCAACACCUGGGAGCCCUUGACUACCUUCUGCCCGAGGAGUACACCUCCACCCUCAAAGUCCUGCACAGCAGAGCACCACAGAGCACCAUGGAGGAGAUUCAGCAGGUCAUCAGAGAAGACCUGGGGAAGGAGCUCUCUGAUCUGUUCAUCUCCUUCAAUGAGAAACCCCAGGGCGCGGCGUCGCUGGCCCAGGUCCACAAGGCAGUGUUGCAUGAUGGUAGGACGGUGGCUGUGAAGGUCCAACACCCCAAGGUCCAGACACAGAGCUCCAAGGACAUCGUGGUCAUGGAGGUCCUGCUGAACAUGGUCCACUGGCUGUUCCCAGACUUUGCCUUCAUGUGGCUGGUGGAGGAGGCUAAGAGGAACAUGCCUGUAGAGCUGGACUUCCUCAACGAGGGACGCAACGCUGAGAAGGUGGCGGCCAUGCUCGCACACUUCCCCUGGCUCAAGGUGCCUAAGAUCCACUGGGACCUGUCUACCAGGCGGAUCCUGACCAUGGACUUUGCCGAGGGAGGCCAGGUCAACGACAGAGACUAUAUGAGGAGACACAGCAUCAACGUCAAUGAGAUUUCUCAGAACUUGGGGAAGAUGUACAGUGAGAUGAUAUUUGUGCAUGGCUUCGUCCACUGUGACCCCCACCCAGGCAAUGUGUUGGUGAGGAGGUGUCCCAACACCAAGAAGACUGAGAUUGUCUUACUGGACCACGGCCUGUAUCAGAUCCUGCUGCCAGACUUCCGGCUAAACUACUGUCGUCUGUGGCAGUCCCUGAUUAAGGGGGACCUGAAUGGGAUCGAGAGGUACAGCCGACGCCUGGGUGCGGGGGACCUCUACCCUCUCUUCGCCUGUGUCCUCACUGCACGCUCCUGGACCUCUGUCAAUGCAGGCAUCGGCAACACCCCCGUCACACACUCUGAGGACGUGGAGAUCAGGUCGAACGCAGCUCUCUACCUCCCCCAGAUCAGUGACCUGCUGAACCGCGUGCCCCGUCAGAUGCUGCUGCUACUGAAGACCAAUGAUCUUCUCAGAGGCAUUGAGACCACCCUGCAGACCAGAGCUGCCUCCUCCUCCUUCAUCAACAUGUCCCGAUGCUGCACCAGGGCUGUAGCCAGGCACAAGCGGAGCACGGCGCAGUCGAGGGCACGGCGUCUCCAGAUCACCAUGUCGGAGUCUCUGACCCUUUGGCAAAUCAGCCUGUACGAACUGUUCCUGUGGGUCAAGGGCUCAACACUAGGAGGCUGGGUCGGCUCACUGCUCAGCUGUCUACACUACACACACUGAUCAGAGAAGAGAGGCAACGACACAGACACGCAUAAAGACACACACACACACACAGGCAGACAGACAGACACAUACACACUUAUGUACACACAUAUACCCUCACACUACGGCGUACACAAAUAGGGCCUUUGGGACACAGAGUCAUGAAGACACACCAACAAAACUUGACACAAAUGCAAACACACAAACACACACACACAGUUGACACACGCACAGUCAGGCAAUCCGCUCCAAACGCACGGAGACAGUAUAACCACUGAGUAAACCGAUGGAUAGACAGAGGUAGGUAUCAAUAGAACAGACAGACGGAAAAGAAAGUGACUGGGUCAAGCGUCUGGUACUGCUCUGCUGUUAGUCCAUUGGAUGAAGAGGAAAGUUCAGGAACAGUUUGCUCAGCCAUGACUAUCCUAUGGAGUGCUGUAAGUGAUUGUUGUGAAUACACGUACUGUAAAAUAAUAUCAUUUAUAUUUUUUAAAACAAAGUGGCCCGCUGAAUUUAUACUGAACGAAAAUAUAAACUCAACAUGCAACAAUUUCAAAGAUUUUACUAAGUUACAGUUCAUAUAAGGAAAUUGGUCAAUUGAAAUUAAUUUAUUAGACCCUAAUCUAUAGAUUUCACAUGACUGGGCAGUGGUGCAGCCAUGGGUGAGCCAGGCCCUGCUAAUCAGAAUGAGUUUUUCCCCACAAAAGGGCAUUAUUAUUGGCACGUUGAGUUCACAUUAGGUGACAACUCAAUCAAUUGCAGAUCAAAAUUAGAUGUUGAACUGACAUCUGUGCCCAGUGUAAUAUGGUCAAAGCCACUCACUGUACAUAAAUGGCAACAACAGUUUGUAUUUAUUCAUGUUACCUCAGUACUGUAUGUACUGUAAAUGUGCAUUGAUGCAGAAUGAAGUGUCAUAUUUCUGUUCAGAAAUGGAUGGACUGUUUUCCACAUUACAUUCCUCUGCUUUUCUCUCUGUUUAUCUCCUCUUCCCCCUUGAUUCUGCAACAAUUCCACUCUCCCUCUUUCUUCACCUCACUCUCUCUUCUACCCCUCUCUCUAAUCUCCUCAGAACAUCUUGCUGUUACUGUCCAGCUUUUUGUAACCACUGGUUUCUGGAGCAUAUUAUUUUAUUAACUGUAAAUGAAUUUUACCUUAACCAUUGUCAACGUACAGUUCCAAGACUGUAUGUUUAGCAUUGGUAUUGCUAUCAUUUUAUUAUACGGAUUUAAAUUGAAAAUAAGUGAUACAAUUUUGUAUCACAUUACAUUUUUUUGUCAUCUUUGAAUAUGUUUUAGUUUGAUUUUUCUGUGAAUUAUUUUAUUUAUCCUAUUUAUUGGUGGAGUUGUUGGAGGUGUGGAGGAGAGAGGAGUUAUUGUUUACUCAUAAUGAGUUUGCAUGGGGAAUGGAAAUAAAUGGAAAUAAUCCCAAUUGAACACA